AUCAGUACUUGUUCUUCAAUGGACGGAGUCAUUUAUUGCAAGACUCAUUUUGAGCAACUAUUCAAGGAAUCUGGGAAUUACAGCAGGAAUUUUCAUACGACAAAAACAGAGAAGCAAAACGACGGGAAUGCGACUUCCAACAAAUUUUCAUCAAUGUUCUCUAUAACCCAAGACGAAUGUUCCGCUUGUCAGAAGACACUGUAUCCACUGGAAAAGGUGACCAAGGAAAGCGAAUGUUUCCACAAAUCAUGCUUCAAAUGCUCUCAUGGAGGCUGUCACUUGACGCACUCUUCAUAUGCUGCUUUAAAUGGAGUGCUUUACCGCACGCACCAUUUCGCUCAACUCUUCAAGGAGAAAGGAAGCUACACCCAUGUCCUCGAGGCCACCCAAAAGAAAGCCAAUUCCACGGCGCCGACCGAAUCCAAAGAAGCUUCAUCGGUUCAAGAGAGUGGAGAAAACGAGUCUUGA